AUGACUCACCAACUCAACGUUAAUCCACAGGCCCGACCUGUGCGGCAGAAACGAAGGCACUUCGGCCCCGAACGCAGCAAUGCCAUAUCGGACGAGGUCGACAAGCUCUUGCUGGCCAAGAUGAUCCACGAGGUCCAAUAUCCCACCUGGCUGUCCAAUCCAGUUAUGGUCAAAAAGGACACCGGUGGAUGGAGAAUGUGUGUGGAUUUCACCGAUCUCAACAAGGCCUGCCCCAAAGACUGCUAUCCUCUCCCAAGGAUAGACGUCCUCGUCGACUCGGCGAUGGAGUAUGAGAUCCUCUGCUUCCUAGAUGCCUUCAAAGGGUAUCAUCAAGUAGGAAUGAGUGAAGAGGACCAAGAGAAGACGGCGUUCUACACCGACCAAGGUGUUUAUUGCUACACCACCAUGCCAUUUGGGCUAAAGAACGCCGAGGCGACCUACCAAAGGCUGAUCAACCGACUCUUCAAGAAUCAGAUCGGCCGCAAUGUGGAGGCCUAUGUGGAUGACAUCCUCGUCAAAAGUCUCGCCACUUCAUCCUUCCUGUCAGACUUGAGGGAAGUCUUCGGGGUCCUGCGAGACUCGAGGAUGAAGCUGAAUCCCAAGAAGUGCGUUUUCUGCGUCACCUCGGGAAAAUUCUUGGGGUAUCUGGUUUUCCAUCGGGGAAUCGAUGCCAACCCCGACAAAAUCAAGGCCAUUCAGGACAUGUCCCCACCUCGGAACGUCCGAGAAGUCCAAAGGUUGAAUGGACGCCUGGCCGCGUUGAACCGCUUCCUGUCCCAAUCCGCUGAGAAAGCUCUGCCCUUCUUUAAGGUGCUGAAGAAGGCUGACCAGUUCGCCUGGACUGAGGAGUGUCAGGCUGCUUUCGACCAGCUGAAGCAGUACUUGCAUCAUCUACCCACCCUUGCUUCACCUCGGCCCGAGGAGAAACUCUACCUCUACCUCUCCGCAGCCGACGAGGCUGUCAGCGCGGUGCUCAUCCGAGAUGAGGGCACCCAAGUGCCAGUCUACUACCCUUACUUCCUCGCCCAUCACAACUCCGUCCGGACCGACCAGCCCAUUCGGCAAAUAUUGGUGCGCCCCGAGGCUUCCGGUCGCCUCACCAAGUGGGCUGUGGAAUUAGGAGAAUAUGACUUGUCCUAUGAGCCCCGCACCGCCAUAAAAGCACAAGCCCUAGCCGAUUUCCUGGCCGAGCUGACCUUCACGGAAGGUCCGGAGUCCACCUCCACCAAAGCCGAUGUGUCCACCCCAUCCCCAUGGACACUGUAUGUCGAUGGGUCCUCUAAUGGAGACGGCAGCGGUGCCGGACUUCUUCUGGAAGGACCUCAGGGAGAGGUGUGCUCCUACGCCCUCCGCUUUGGCUUCCCGGCCACCAAUAAUGAAGCCGAAUACGAGGCUUUAAUUGCUGGACUCCAGCUAGCCCGUAGACUCGGCCCCCAACAAAUCCAUGUCCGCAGUGACUCCCAACUAGUAGUACGCCAAGUCCUUGGUGAGUACGAGGCCAAGGAUGAGACCAUGCAACGGUACCUCUCCAAGGUUCACCAGCUCACCGCGUACUUCGAGUCUUUCGAAAUCCAAAGAAUACCCCGAUCCCAGAAUAAGCGAGCCGACGCCUUAUCCCGGCUGGCUUCCACUUCAUUCUCUGACCUCAACAAAACCGUCUUGGUGGAGGUCCUGAGUGAACCAGGAUACGUGGAAGAGGUGGCCUGCCCCGUCCACUCCGAAGAUACCUGGAUGACCCCGUUCAUCCUCUUCUUGAGUCAGGGAACACUUCCCGAAGACCGAGCCGAGGCGAGGAAGAUACAACGCAAGGCUGCUCGGUAUGCUCUCCGUGAAGGAGAACUGUACAAACGCUCAUACCUCGGCCCAUGGCUGAGGUGUGUCACUCCCGAGGCCGGACGUCACGUCCUCCACGAGAUCCACGAAGGCCUGUGCGGAGCUCACGUCGGCCACAGGAUGUUAGCCAAGAAGACUAUGCUCCUUGGAUAUUUCUGGCCGUUACUUCGGCAAGACUCCCAGGACCUCGUUCUCGGCUGCCCUUCCUGCCAAGUCCACGCACCCGAGCACCACCAGCCUUCCAACUUCAUGGUCCCUAUCACUUCACCCUGGCCGUUUGAGCAAUGGGGGACAGACAUCAUAGGUCCUUUCCCUAAAGCCGUCGGGGGUUAUACCUUCCUGGUGACCGCUGUGGACUACUUCACUAAGUGGGUCGAGACCGAGCCACUUCGGACCAUCUCAGGGCUAGCCAUUCAAAAAUUCUUUUGGAAAUGCAUUAUCUACCGCUUCGGCAUACCUCAGGUCAUCAUCUCGGACAAUGGGAGACAGUUUGCCGAGAACCCAUUCAAGACCUGGUGCGAGAACGUCGGCAUCAAACAACACUUCAGUUCGGUAGGCCACCCUCAGGCCAAUGGUCAAGCAGAAAACUUCAACCGAACUCUCCUGCAUGGUCUCAGGACCCGACUACACCAAGUUGGGUCGUCUUGGAUGGAGGAACUCCCUAGUGUCUUGUGGUCAUAUCGGACCACGCCGAGGUCAGCGACGCAAGAGACCCCGUUCUCCUUGACCUACGGCGUCGAGGCUGUCAUCCCGGCUGAGAUCCUUACCCCCAGCCAUCGGCUGGCAGCCUAUGCCGCCGAGGUGAACGAUGAAGAGAGGCUGCUGGACCUCGACCUCGUCGAAGAACGAAGGGAUCUCGCCUCAACCCGGAUAGCUUCAUACAAGAACACACUGGCACACUAUUACAAUGCCCGUGUCAGACAUCGUAGAUUCCAUCCUGGAGACUUGGUUCUCAGAAAAAUUUCAGUCAGCCGAGCUGAACCGCAAGGAAAAUUAUGCCCGAAAUGGGAAGGCCCUUACCGAGUUGUGGAAUCUGACCCUAAGGGGUAUUGUAAACUGAGUUACCGAGAUGGCUCAUUAGUGCCGAGGUCUUGGCACGCCGAGAACCUUAGGUUGUAUUAUGCUUGA